UCCCGCCGCAGCCGCAGUGGCCGGCGCCGCAGCGAGGAGCCAUGGGCAACAUCUCGUCCAACAUCUCGGCCUUCCAGUCUCUGCACAUCGUCAUGCUGGGCUUGGACUCGGCCGGCAAGACCACGGUGCUCUACCGGCUCAAGUUCAACGAGUUCGUGAACACCGUGCCCACCAUCGGCUUCAACACCGAGAGGAUCAAGCUGAGCAAUGGCACGGCCAAGGGCAUCAGCUGCCACUUCUGGGACGUGGGAGGCCAGGAGAAGCUGCGGCCCCUGUGGAAGUCCUACAGCCGCUGCACGGAUGGGAUCAUCUACGUGGUGGACUCGGUGGACGUGGACCGGCUGGAGGAGGCCAAGACCGAGCUGCACAAGGUGACCAAGUUCGCCGAGAACCAGGGCACGCCGCUGCUGGUCAUCGCCAACAAGCAGGACCUGCCCAAGUCGUUGCCGGUGGCCGAGAUCGAGAAGCAGCUGGCAUUGCACGAGCUGAUCCCGGCCACCACCUACCAUGUCCAGCCGGCGUGCGCCAUCAUCGGCGAGGGCCUCACCGAGGGCAUGGACAAGCUCUAUGAGAUGAUCCUGAAACGCAGGAAGUCCCUCAAGCAGAAGAAGAAGCGGUAAUGAGCCGGGCAGCGAGCGAGGCGGAGCGAGCGAGGCAGGCAGUGAGUCCGAAGUGAGUGAAUGGACGCAUGGAUGGGUGAGCGAGAGCCCGCGCCCGCGAACAAAGACGGGGAACCAAAGCGAUGCUUCGAAUUUUUAGAACGCAAUCUCUGUGUCCAAGUGAUGCAGGACUUGGGGACUGAAGCCGGGUGUCGAGGCUGGUGUACCAGCCUGCUCUCCACCUGCCCCACCCCCACACCGGCUCAGGGGACCUUUUGUCUAAACGCUUGAGCUACGUUGGGGUGUGUGUGUGGGGCGGGGGUAUCGGAGGGGAGAGGACUUGCGGACGUGAGGGUCCUGCAGUGCGCCCUCUGGCCUCAGGUGAAAGGCUCGGAUGUCAGAAGACAAAAGCAAAUUUUUUUUUUUUUUUACCUGCUAUAGCAGGGCUAGAAGUUCAGGCUGCCCUGCCCCCGCUGGGGGGGGGAUCGUGAGUUACCUGAGGUAUGCAGUGCCCAGAACCCUGGGGGUACACAUGCUGGGGGGUGGGGCAGGUGGGCACAGGAGCAUCACUGGGGGAGGGGGGGUUGACGGCGGAGCCAUGGGAGCUGAUUUCAUGUCACAGGGCAGGCCCCUGUUGAAAUCUUAUUUGUCAUGCUCCGGGCCAAAAGGAGGUGAUGGCUGAGGCCAUCUCAAGACUGCCUGAGGACUAUGCGGCAGCUGGAGGGCUGGCCUUGGCUGGGAAAAGCCUCCACGAUGCCCCCUUUCAGAGUGUGUGGUGGCUUCAGAAGACCGGGUUUGUUGAGAACUGCUUGUCAGCCUGGAAUGAGACCUCUUCCAGAUGGCUUGGGCCCUGUCCAUGUGUAGGUCACAUAAAGAGACAGACCAAUAAAAGAAAAAAAAAAAAAGGAAAAACAUAAACUGUUGGAGGUGAGGGUAACGGAAGCACUUACUGUUUGCAGGAUGGUUAAGGUGUGGAGAGGGCAGGGCUCUUGGCAUUAAUGGCGGAGGGGGGGGGUGGGCACAGAGACCUCCCUCCCUACUGUAUAAUUGGCAUAAAUACUAGACCCAUAUGUGUGGAAUUUUAAAUUCCCUUAGCCUACUGAUUGGUUUGUAUGAGCGCACCCGCUACAGAUGUGUGCUGAAUUGCAAACUGGUUUUCUUGCAAGGGAUGUCUGGCAAUACUAACCGCGUGGUGAUGGGUUUCAGACAUGUUUUUAUUUAAAAAAAAAAAAAAAGCUUUUACAAAUGAAUACUCACCUUAGAAAUAUUCACCGUAGGAAAAACAACCUUGCCCUUUUAUGUCCCUUGACGCUGCAAGUGGCAACAUGUUCACAUCUCUAAUUUGGUUCAUUGUGGCCGAUCUGGUUUCAGUAUUUCAUUCAAAAUGUCUCGUUAGAGUAUUUGAUGUCGCGCACCAAAAAAUAAAACCCCACCUUGUUGCAAAAAGCUGACCUCGCUGCAUGGAUUUAAAAGCAAGGGAGACGCGUGAGGAGGGGUGAAGUCCUGGGGUUUUCAUUCUGCGGGAACUGGCCUCCCGCCUAGCCAGCCAGCGCUUUGGGCUCAAGCAAGCUACAAUGAGUGCUCGAGAUAAAAGGAAGCAGGCGUGUGACGUAAUGGUCACUGGUUCUCAGGCACUUCACAGUUUACUUGAAAGAGGCUUUGGAAAAUAGAUAAAGUGAAAGAAUUAAAUACAUAUUUUUAAUAAUGUAAUUUUAAAAAAAUCCUUUAUAGUCAGGAUGGAGCCUGGGCUUGCAGAAGCAGUCUUUUGUCCUGGCACACAGUAUCAAAAUGAAAUUUCCAAGUGUUUGGUUUUUAUUUCUUCUCUGAGUCCAUGUUUUCAGGUAGAAUUUUGGGUUUUUUUUUUCCCCCCCCAUGGAGGCUGAUAGAAAUUGGACAUGGUCAUGCUUGAGCAUGGAGUUACAUUGUAAGGCCACCCCUAUUGUCCAUGACGGUCUGGAAGUCGAUUUAAGAGCCAGAGAACAAGUCCGGCUUCCUGCUUGAAACCCAGUUCUUAGAGGAUGUUUUAAAGCUGAAAUCUGGCAGCCCAUUUCCCUUCCUCUUGUCCGAGUGUGUGGUACCCUCCAGUGCGGGUCUUCUUGCAGACACCAGAGCAAGUACAGCUAGGCAGGAAGCCUGCACUACCUGUUUACACAGCGACGGCGCGCUCACUGACUUCUCCAUGGGCCGGUCCCAUCGUCUGAAGAUUCUGUAUAGAAUUAUUAAAAAAAAAAAAAAAAAUCCAUCUCUCUUUAUUUUCUUCACAUGCAACAAUUUCUUAAGCACUUUGACAUUUUGGUAGUUCCACACUCUUGAGAGAAUAAUAUAUUUAUUUUGUGACAUUGCAGAUGCCAAAUACUGUCCCCUUGUUGUGCUGACAAUACCUGGCUCCAGGUCACUGUCCACAUCCUGGCCUGCUUGAACGAUGGUGCGGGAUGGUUUUGUGGGUUCUUUUUUUUUUUUUUUUUUGCAUCACCAAUACUUAAGGGUGCAGUUGACUGUUAGUAUUGUGCAGUACCGUCAAGCCCUGUGGUGUAGCAACCGAUAGUUGAGUCUCAGUUUAUUUCUGUAGUGUUUGACCUAUUACCGACCCAUUUCAUCCAUGGCAACAAGGGAGCCCAGAGAAAAAUUACCUUGAGGUGGUGCCCCUAGGGGAUCCCCAAAACUUGCCAGGAGGGAUUGGUGAUGCCUUCUCCCUUCUGGAGAUCAGAUGGGCUUCCGUAGAGGAGUUUUGCCUCCUCAGAUGAGGAUUAAGGUGUUUGCUGAUGGGCACAGGGGAGCCAGUUUUGUUUGAGAGCAAUUUCUCUUCACCAGCUGUGGCGCUGGGACUGUGCCCCCUGGCUUCGGUUUUUGGUUCUACUGCUGUAAUUCUGUCUCCAUCACCCUUUCCUUUGUUUCCACCCCUUUUCUAAUGCGUAUAUGAUGCUGUGAACAGAAAUAAACUAUUUAUACAAUCAAA